AUGUUUUCAGGAGCAGACAACAGAUGCAUCCAUUGUGGUCACUCCGUUCAUCAUGUGGGUCCCAUAUACAUUGGUCCUAUACAUAAUCGACAUUUCGUGGAAGGAAUCCUAAACAGUCUCAAAGAAACUUCUGAAGAAGAGAGGCUGGGCACACAUAAUCGUCUAUUGGGUGUUCUCACAAACGUGGCUGAGGAGCUCGAGGUGCCGCUGUAUUACGAGCACGACCAGCUUUUCAAUGUAGUCAAAUGCUCUGUACCCAAGGCAAUAAGCGUGAAAUCAGCCAUUCUCAACGCCGGAUAUAAGGUAUCGGGAUCUCACUGCAAUCCCCGCGCGCUGAAGACCAAUGCUCCUACGCAGUUUUUGUGGGAUAUCUGUCGCUUUGCGGUACGUACCGUAUCUCACUUCUUCCUUUCCCAUAAAUUUGAAGAUGUUUCACUUCCGAAUUUAUCACGCAAGAAAACUGCUGCCAUUGUAAAGUCAAUACAUAAACUUUGCCUCAACAGAAUUUGA